AUGGUGGCACGCGAGGGACAGCUUCACUACGAAGGCGCCGAGGAUGCGGUUGAAGAAGUUCUCUUGUCGGAGGCUCCCGCUCAUCCACCAAAAGGUUCCCGUUGGUACCUUGCCGGUAUCAGCGUGGCCAUGCUGGCCUUGGUGGGUUUGGCGGCGAAAGCUGCCUUUCCAUCAUCCCUCUCCUUCACCAAGUCCAAGAGCACGAUCGGCCUGGACGAAGUGCAGCACUGGGAGGACAUUCCGGGCAUGGACCAGGUGAUUCUCAAGGCGCAGAGCCUGAAGCAUGACAAGCCCAUGCGCAACCUCAACGACCUCUUCUAUGAUUCGCAGCCCGAGGAGCUGCCCUGGAUCAGAACGGAGUGCGUCAUCGACGUGGUUCAAGCAGCAGCAUACCUCGACCAGGCCGUUGUCUUCCUCUACAAGGCCAUCGACUACAACGGCCUUGAGUGCCCAGACAACUCGCCGGUGGGCUGCGCUGCCAGCGUUGCUGGCUUCAUCACCUCCAUCUCCUGGAUUGCCUCGUACUUGUCCUUCGCAGCGAACGCCUGUGGGCAGGCAGUCAACUCCGGGGCACUUUGUGCUGGCGACUUCACCGCCCUCAUGGCCAACUUCGGAGAGAUCGCCACGGUGGGCGCCGCGGUGAAGGCGGACUGCGACUUCGGGAAGAACGUGGUCAGCAUCCUCACGAAUCCGGACCCCGUGAGCCCGCCUUGGGCGCAGUUCGUGCCAGGCGGCGCCGGACCCGAGGCGGAGAAGAUCCUGGCGAUCAAAGGCCACCAGGAGGCGAACCGCAACCGUGGCUUCGACAUCGCACAGUGCGUGGCGGACGUGACCAAUUCGGCCUCGUACAUCGUGCGCGUCAUCCUCCAGAUCCGCACCGCGGCUUCGGCCUGCCCCGACCCGAAGGCCUGUGCCAUCAACAUCAUGAACAUCAUCUCGUCCUUCGCCUGGAUCUCGCAGUUCACGGCGCUCGCAGUGUCGGACUGCCAGGUCGGCGCUGACCAAAAGGCCGGGAGUAUCGAAAUUGCCUUGUGCACGGCCGACAUCUCGGACAUGGUCGCAGCGGUCACCAACGGCCCUGCCGCCGGCAUCGCCUCCACCUCCGACUGCGCCGACCUUCCAGACCCAUCCGCCGAGGAGAUGCACCUCCCCAUGGACUGA